UUUGCGCCUAGUCAUAUAUAAUUUUGUAGAGAAUUUCAAGCGCUAUCUUUUGAUAAAAAAAGUGUCUCCAUUAUGGGGAUAAAAGAGGAGAAAUUAUAAAAAUACUAACAGUUUGAUUUAUUCUGCGCUACCCGUUAUAUCGCUAUUUAUUCAAGACACGCUACCGAUACAUAUGUCGAUACAUGCCGUACAGAAAAUUCACUUUGUCGACACGUGUUGUUACGUGUAACUCCAUCGUGUCAUUGUGUCGACACAUGUGUCGGUAAUGUGUCCUAUCGACAUGGGUAGACUAUAGGAAAAGAAGAAUAAGUUUUGUUUAUUCACUACCCAGUGUACCGAAAUAUCUUUUUUUUCAUGAAAUUGAUUUUUUCUGUCAAUAAUAAAUCCAUUAAAAAUUUCAAAAAUCAUUUCUAUUCCUUUAGUUAUGUGAAAAGAAACAAAAAAUUAUCCAAGAGCAGUACAAGAUAUUCUAGGACACGGUGCUACAUCACAAGUAUAUAAAGCAUAUAAUACAACAACAGGUGAACUUGUUGCUGCUAAAUUUUAUCAAAAUUCAUCAAAUUCUCGUUCACCACAUGGAGAUGGAAAAGUAAAUCGUAAUCGAGAUUAUAAACCUGUUAUAUCAGUUGAUUCAUCUAGUUCAAUAAAUAAUCUUAAAGCAUUACUUAUUGAAUAUUGUAAUGGUGAAAGUCUACAUAAUGUAGUUCAAUUACCUGAAAAUCGUUAUGGUUUAUUAGAAGAUGAAUUGAUGUUAGUUUUUAAACAUUUAACAAAUCCAUUAAGAUAUUCACAUAUAAAAAACACAGUAAGAAAAAAGAAAUAUCGGGUGUCCCAGAAUAAACGGACCUCCCAGUAUUUGACUGACAUCUCUCUUAAAUUUCAUCUUCUCAAGACCAAAUUUUUUUAAAAAGAUUCGUCUGAAAAUUCUCUACAAGGUAGAUAAUUUUUUAUUUCUUCAAAAACGAUCCGUUAUUUUUCAAAACACGUUGCAAACGAAUAGUCCAGGAUGAACAAGAUUUUAGAAUAACAUUUGUUCGAAUUUCUUUUACUGCUCGUUUUAAUUCUCUGAUGAGAGUUUCUUUCGAUGUUACCGGCCACCAGUCGAUAGCCUCUGCAAAUUAGUCACAAAUACAAUAGUCCAUUGGAUUCAGAUCAGAACUAUU